AUGCCACCUAUUAAUUUGCCUUCGCGCAAGUUGGCUCCUCACAGAAGAUAUGCCAAGAAGUUAUUGACUCUGCCCGACGAGCUCCUUGUCAAGAUCUCUAACCAAGUCGCGCCUGAAGACCUGCCAAACUUUCGCCUUACUUGCAAGACCUUGGCCAACAUAUCGGCUCAGCACUUCGGUGAAAAACGACUCGCCCACCGUCGCUUCAUGUUCACGGAGCACAGUUUGAAGGGUCUGAUUGACAUGACUGCUCACCCAAUCAUCGGACCAUGCAUCAGAAGCAUUUUAUUCGGCACUCACAACCUCACGAACGAACUGGACGUCGUGAUGGAUACGCUCGGCUCACACAAGGUUGCCAAUCCCGCCGAAGCGAUGCACAUACUCCAGAUGUAUCGUGAACGUAGGGAUAGACGACUCAAGUUUCUCGAAUCUGAUGACUUGUCACGUCUGUUGCAGGCCGCCUUUUCGAACCUUUCGUCGCACGGCACCAACGUCUUUGUUGGGCUUUUUAACGAAAGAGAAGAAUGGGGGUUUCGUAACAAAGUGUGGCAUGGAUACAGUUAUUCUCACGAGUUCGGCGGUCUGCCCUUCGUAAAAUUGGUGAAGAUGAAACACGUCCUCAGAAUCAUCGUGUCAGCCUGUAGAGCUGCCAACCUCCGCCCUGAGUUCCUCGAAUUUGACCUUCUUGGUCAAGAGCAUUACGAUGGAAUGAAAAUGCCUUCUCAGAAAUGCUACUGUGGAACGGUCACGGUCGACUACAGACAACUUUUGAUUUCUGCAUCAGAGAGGAGGUGUGGAUAUUCGCAUCUUGACAAGCCGCAAUCGCCUCGAGCUUAA